AUUCUAGUACUCUGCACCGUACUCCGUAUACCACAGUCACCCAAAGGGUGGGUAACAAACAAAACAGUAAGGUACAUUUCGUUAUAUACCACCCUCAGAAAGCGGUAAUAACCUCCCCCGCGAAACCACGCUAAGCCAAACACGCUCCAAUACUACCGCUGAGUCUCUCAGUUCAUCUACCUCUCUCCCUUCACCCCCAAACACCUUAAACACUCAUCAACGCAAAAUGCCAAACAUUCAGCCACCGCCCAUAACACUGCAAGACCUCCAAGCCUUCCAGGCCAAACACUUCCCAGCACAUGCUCUUAUAGCCCCAACACCAGCGCAUUACCUCUCUCGGUUUCAGGCGCAGCAAGAACCCCUCACGAAGCAAGGCCACGCUCCUCAAGAAGGAGACCUCACGGCCAACACCCACGAACACGAGUCCGAGUACGAUGGAUACGACUACGACGACGACGACGAUGGGCUAGGCUACUAUCCCGAUGGGGUCAAGCGGACGCUCACGGACGAGCAGAUUCGAAUCUUUAGGCAUAGUGAGAUUCAUGCCUUGUUGAGACAGAAGGAGUUGCGGGAGGAGGCAGAGCGGGAACGGAGGGAGGAAGAGGAAGCAGAGGAGGAGGCGCGGCGCGCCGAAAAGAGCCUUGGUGAUGACUGUAGUGCUGAGGCUGAGGCUGAGGCUGAGACUGGGGGCGUUGCAGACUCGGAGGUACUGGGUGCCGUCGAUGCUAGUGCUGGUGCUGAUGCUGUUGGCUCUGCUGAUACUACCGUCCAAGAAGCUGAUACCACGACGGAACAUCCGCCUACGCAUGAAAAUCGGUCAAGCGGGCGGAAAAGACCGCGAGACGAUGAUGCUUCACCGAUGGAUUAUGGGGAUAGUGGCAGUGGUGGACAGCAGCAGCAGCAGCAUGCUCUUUCUUAUUCCGCAGGGAGGAAUGGGCCCUCUUCCGAUCCUUAUGUGGAUCCCUCAAGGCGGGCGGCUUUGUUUACAAAGAGGAAAAUCAUCUCGUAUGAUGAUUGAUCUUGUGGAUCUGGUUUGAACGGUGCUGCGAGAGCUCUGUCAGUCCACCUGCAAGUGGUCGUCUCUCCGAGUGAUUCAGUACACCCUGACCAGUACGUUUGGGUUGUCAUAACACGGUCACAAACUACUGAGUCGCUUUAUACUGAUCUCACACUCCACGCGUUCUGCGCAAGCAGCAUAUACCACCAACUUCUGGUUUUUUC